AUGCACACCGAGAAGCGAGGCUUCAAAGGGACGGAAGAUGACAACCUAACUCACAAGACCGAACAUUCGUUUGGUUAUGGCAUUCUGCGGCGACGUAAGCCCAUCGCCUUCGUGAAAGCUGGCGAGCUGGCGGGCACGUCGGAGGGAAGUGCGCAGAAGAGACGGGUGGAGAAGUCUUCUGGCAAGGAUGUUGCGGAUUUUUACAGAAGUAUGAUGGGCAAUAAACACUCUACGGAUCAAGCAUUGAACACACUAUACUUUGCUCAACAGCAAACGGGCGCAGAGAUGGACGGUACUGUCGGAGCGCCACUAGAACACGCCAACCUCGAAAAUGACGAGAGUAGCGAGGGCGAGUGGGUGGAAGAAGAUCUGGAAGAAACCGCCUCAGUCACACCUUCAGAAAUGCUGAUGGUGUCCGCGUCCACAUUUGUCUGUCCUACGUGCAACACUGACGUCAAUCGAGCGGACGUUACACUUCACAACACAUCCAUCGCUCAUUUGUCGCGACUAAAACACUCACAAGCACUUCUAAACCCCUUACACAUCAAGCCGUCGUCAUUUGGCUACAAGCAACUUGUUGCAGCUGGCUGGUCGCCAUUUCAACCACAAGGUAUCGGAGCGGAAGGUCGUGAAGGUCAGCGGGAGCCAGUAAAGGUUAAAGUGAAGACUGAUACAAUGGGUGUCGGUGUGAAGGUGCUACCUAAGGGUGAUGUAGAGGUACCAAAACCUGGGACUCUGGAUGGCAGAGCUAUCAGGAAGAUGCACGAAGCGGAACAGAAGAAGAGAAAGAGGUUGAUGGAUUACAUGCACAGUGCUUGA